AACCUACACAGAACAAAACAGUAGACAGAAAUGAUCGUGGGCACAUUAUAUGCAUAAAAGAAUUUUAGGGUAUACAGAGAGUGGCCUACGUGCCAAAAGGUCACUGUAUUUAGGAAAAGUUACAUUCACAACCAGGAGGUGUGUAACCUUCCACAAGAGCAUUGCACUAAUAACGGCGAUUUACAUUUUGAUUUGUCUUCCAACAGCCAAAGGAUAUGCCAUACAAUCACAAUGGCAUAAAUAUUCCACACUCGUGGCGAAUAUAGGAAAUAAUGUAUGCUCGGAAGGAGGAACAUCUGAAAGAAACUUAAAAUAUCACACAGAAUGUAGAGUGUUUUCUAUAACGGAAAACCCAGAAUACAACAAUGAAGCAUUUGAUGGCGAUAACCGGGAAACGAGAAAUGAUGCCGAAAUAAACAGUAAUAAGGAGCAGAAUGACACGAAUCUAAUAGACAAAGAUCGUGAUACAAGCAUUGGCGCAUCUGAUUGCAGAGAUAUGACAACAAAACAACUUUCUAACGUUGAAUUUGAUGAAUCAAUUGAGGACAGUAUAGAUUCAGAUGGUAUAUCUGAUGAUAAUAUUGAUACUUCAAGAGAGACGGGGGCAGUAAAAGAUUUCGGGGCCCAUAAUGAAACAUCGACCAUAUCAGAAUUAUCUUAUAGUACACCAAAAAAUGAGCAAGAUGAUAAAGAUGCACAUGAAACAAUCCCAUUUAAACUUAACGGGCCAGAGGACAAAGUCAAUAACAUGCUGUCUAAACGAAUAUUCGUUAAAAAACUGUUCAAACGAGUGCCACAAAUUAGUGAUACGACAAGCAUACUAGUAAGAUCAAAGGCCCAUGUCAAGGGUAAAGUAGGAUCACGCCAAGACCUGGCAAUGGGCAAUUCAAACAAAAUCAAAAACGUAGAUACAGUAGAGGAACCUGUAUACGAUGGGAAACCGCUCUAUGCAGGAGUGUAUAAUGGUCUAACACCAUGCAAACAUACACAAAAGAGAAUUAUCAGAGAAAUAAAAGUUAAAGUGGAUUGGUAUGCCCAUAGCAUCACUCACCAAAUCAAAAACGUUACCACGUUCUAUGAACAAUUGCUAAGGUAUAUACACCCCUUCCAGUAUCAAAUGCUUAUGACUUCUAUAUACGAACUACAUCAUACGAAGCAAAUUAAGAUGGAAUUUAAAGAACUAAUGGAACAACUGAAACAAUAUAAAGUAAAUAUAAUAAAUAGAGCAAACAAUUUUAAUUCAAAAAUAGGACAUGUAAGAAAAUGUAGAGAAGCAUUCGUUAUGGCAAAGGCGUUUAUACUCCAGCUCGAUGAAUUCUAUAAAGAAGCAGAAACAUAUAUAGAUCUGUACCGAAUGUUCGCCAAACACUUUAGAAAACUACCGGUAUUGGACAUUAAAAAACCAAUCGUAACUAUAAUAGGCUGUCCCAAUGUUGGAAAGAGUACUCUAUUCCUCGAUAUAUGCAAAGCACCGGUUCAAAAGAUCAAUCAGAUAGACCUAAAGGAAGACCUACCAGAAACUAUAGGCCUCAUAUCAGACGUCCUGGGACUGAAGUGGCAGGAAAAUGUAGAACCCACGGUACAAAGAUGCCAAGGAGAAGUUAAAGUCGCAGACUACAAGUUCAGUACAAAGUCUGUUGCAGUAGGAGAGGUGCAUUAUAGACUUGAAAACUUUACGGGAGAAGGACAGAUAUUAGACGUGCCACCACUCCUGUGGAGGAAUACACCUAAAAUCAACCCAUAUGAGAGAUUAACAUACGCUGCACUCAAGGACUUACCAUCGGGAGUCAUUUUUUGCUUCGACACGUCACAGAAACUGAAUGAACAAAUACAACUAUACCGCUCUCUAGAAUCUAGGUUCCCACAUAGGCCGUGGAUCAAUGUUAUCACCAAGGGUCAUGAUUCAGAUAUCUUAACAAAAGAGGAUAUCACCAUUGUGCCAAGAGAAGAACUCAUACACCAUUUGUACCAAAUGUUUAGCAACUUGGAUUCCCUCCUAAAGGCGCAGCAGGUUGAUACACAAAGUAAAUAAGAAACUAAAAGAUAACGCACCAGCUACCAAAGAAUU